AAUACAUUUAUUUUACAACUCUGUAUGCACACCCCGUUAGCUUUUCGUACCUAUUGAAUUAUACAACCUACUGCUUUACUACUCAGGGUAAGACCCGCAGGUAUUAUUUCGUUCUCUUAACUGGUAUCUUUUUGUCGCUUAGCGUUGAUCGUUGGAUCUUAGCGCGUACUCAUUAUCUUUUUUUCGUUUAUCUUUGAUCGUUGGAUCUUAACGUUUUUGCCUACUAUUGAUCGUUUGAUCUUAUCGCUUAUCUUUCUUGUUUUAACGAGCGGAAUUGUUAGACUUUAUAUAUUAUUCUAGAAGCUUCGAAAAUGAUGAUGCGAAGUAAUGAAAAUUUAGUUGACGUAGAUACGGAUGCGUUGGUGACAUGCACCAUCUGCAACGGGCCAGUACGUAAUCUGGAUUUGGUUGAAACCCGUUGUAAACAUUCCUUUCACAAACAUUGCCUUGACAACUACCUUAAGAACCAUGACAAAUGCCCCAUAUGUGGACAGCCAUGUUCUCAAUCCGAGUUAGGAUCUCAUUUGCCUUUGUCGACUAAAUCUCAAGGUAACAGAAUGAUGACCCGUUCAGGUUCUCGGAAUACAGCCAAACAACAUGAGAAGUCUGAUCCAAAUUCCCAACAGGAAAUUUGUAGCGAUAGUUCAGAUUCCAGAGUUGUGACAGAAGACCGUGUUCAGCAAAUAGUCCAAAGUUCAAUGCAGGCCUUUCAAGCAAGCAUGCUACAAUCAGUGACAGAACAAAUCACUAUGGCGUUCACUCAAUUGAAUAAAUCCACAUUUGUAAAUAAUGGACAGAGUGAGCUGCAGCAGGACAUACAAAAUAAUUUCGGUCGAGACGUUCCCGAAAUAAACUCAGAAAGAAAUAACAAUUCACAUGUUAGGACUUCACCAGACCUUCGUAGCGAUCGAAGUGAUCUUUCUUUGGAUAGACCUGAUAGGAUUUCCAAUAUUAUAUCAAAUUGGCGUAUAAAAUUCAGUGGUUCAGCCGACAUUGCCAUUGAGGAUUUUAUUUACCGCGUAAAUUGUCUCACUUCGCAAAGCCUGAACGGAAACUUCGAACUUCUUUCCCAUUUCGCUAAUUUACUGUUUGCAGGACCGGCCUUAGCAUUUUAUUGGCGUGUUCACAGAUCGGUGGAUAACAUGAAUUGGAACGUGUUAUGCAGGCGUUUAAAAGAAAGAUAUCAAGAUCAGAGAUCUGAUCGUGAAAUUAAAAUUGCUAUGCGUCGCCGCAAACAGGGUAGCACAGAAAAUUUUGAUGACUUUUUGGAUGCAAUGCUUUCCAUUGCAGAUUCCCUUCGUGAACCAAUGCAGAACAGUGAGAUUACUGUAGAGGUUCGUCAUAAUCUCAAACCGGAGAUCAAGCACGAAUUACUGCACGUAGACACCCCAAAUUUAGCAACAUUGCGCAAAGAAUGUAAAUCGGCAUCGGAAAACUCUCAGCAGGGCAUUAGUUAUGCGAACAAAACGGAAGUCCGCCGUUAGCCUCGAAAAUACAAACUGCACCAAAUUCUGUGGCAAAUGAUGUUCAUUCCAUUCUGCCUUCAACUCAACCUGACGUAACAUCAUCCCAAACUUUUUCGACCUUUCACACACAUUGACAUAUUUGGUCAAUCGUCACAAAAAUUUCAUGCCAAGGACAUUUGGUGAUUGCUUUUGACUCCUUUUUCAGUUUUUAUUGUUAGUCACAGGGACUAAAAAUCAAAUCUGUGGUUGUGGGAGUCGAGCCGAAUGGCAACCUUCUAUGUGCUACCGCACUUAUCUGGUGACGAACCAUUUUAGGCAAAUUAAAAUCCUGGCCAAAAUGAAAAUUGCCCAAUAAAAAUACCACAAAAUUCCAGAGUAGGAUUAUAGCAAGCUACGGUCACAUAUGAUUUGCAGACUUCCGUUCUCUUUUUGUGAAGGCGUGAUCGAGUGCAGUUCAACAUUGUGCAAAAUCCGUAAUUAAAAAUCCACAAGCAUCGUGUGGUUCGGAUUAUAGUUUUUCAAGGCAAAUACUGCCAAGUGAUAGUUUACCUUUAACUGCGUCGCUGCCGGUCCCACGUUUGGAGAUAGGAGUUUUAGUGGCUGCGUCGCCAAGGCGAUAGAUUUACAACUGCUGGCAUCAGGAGCACGCACCGUGUGCAGUGGAAGGCUGGGCUUGACCUCUUCUGCUGCCGACAGAUCACAGGUCAACCCACCCCAGAGUUGGCGUUCUUUUUUUUCUUCAUCGCCGCACGCAGGAAGCAGAUCGCCGUGCAUCCAUUUAAUGCACAAAUCAGCUUGGUGUCUUCUUCAACCCUGCGCAUUCCAAUAAUAUUUGGGCACAACACGAGCCCCAGGCUGCUGGCCUUGUCGCUGCGUAUGCUGCGAACCCGAAGCAGCCGCAACACGAAUGAUCGUGUUCAGUAUUAAGUAUAUUUAGAAUAGUUUUUUAUAUUUGAGUUAACUUUUACAUAAGAAUAUUUACUUAUAAAUUUCUAUAAUUCUAAUUUAGCUUAACUUGUGGGAGAUCUGACAAGUUUAUAUAUGUGAUUCUCCCGAUUUAUAGUAAUACCUAAGGCAAAUCAUCAAACGUCAUCAGGCCUGCUGACAUCGAUGGAAAGUGCGUGAGUAGAAAACAAAAAUAAUAAAACCACACAAACAUAUAUAUAAAAAAGUCAGAUAUUCCUAAAUAGUACUCUUAAAAUAUCCUGCCUUAAUUAAUCCUGAUUUAAAGAAGUUUAUAGUUUAAAUACUCAUUAAUCAUAAAUAAUUCUAAUGUCAAAUA